CCCUUUGGCCUGCGUCUCUGCAGCAGCCCCAUGUCUCCUGCCCCUGUCCUUUAUCAUCAGCUGCUGCCAGCUUCGCCACACCUCCUCCCCGACCUUUGCUCCUGGCUUGUUUUUUCCUCUGGCCCCGGGAACCUUGGGUUCACUUUCACUCACCGCCUGUCCUUGCCGAGAGCCUCACCAUGUGCACCGGAAAGUGUGCCCGCUUCGUGGGGCUGUCUCUCAUCCCCCUCUCCCUGAUCUGCAUCGUGGCCAACGCCCUCCUGCUGGUGCCCAACGGGCAGACCACCUGGACCAAGGACCACCUCAGCUUGCAAGUCUGGCUCAUGGCUGGCUUUGUUGGCGGGGGCCUGAUGGUACUUUGUCCGGGAAUUUCCGCCGUCCGGGCCGGGGGCAAAGGCUGUUGCGGUGCAGGCUGCUGUGGAAAUCGCUGCAGGAUGCUGCGCUCAGUCUUCUGCUCAGCCAUCGGGUUGCUUGGCGCCAUCUACUGCCUCUCGGUCUCGGGAACCGGGCUCCGAAUUGGACCACAGUGCUUAAUGAACGGCUCCUGGGAUUACCACUUCCAAGACACCGCAGGCUCUUACCUGCUCAACCGCACGCAAUGGAACUUGUGCGUGGAGCCGCCCGAUGUGGUCCUCUGGAACGUGACGCUCUUCUCGCUGCUGGUGGCCGCAUCGUGCCUGGAGAUCUUGCUCUGUGGGGUGCAGCUGGUGAACGCGUCCAUUGGUGUCCUCUGUGGCGAUUGCAGGAAGAAGCAGGGCUCCUCUCAGUGAGGCUCCAUCCACCUGGUCCGUCGCUCCUGGAUACCCACCUGGCCUGCCCCCACCCUGGAAUAAACUAUUUAGAGUA